AUGAGUUGCAAUGGCUGCCGCGUUCUUCGAAAGGGUUGCAGUGAGUCAUGUAUUUUGCGACCUUGUUUGCAGUGGAUUGAAACUCCAGAAGCUCAAGGUCACGCCACUGUUUUCGUAGCCAAAUUCUUCGGCCGCGCUGGUCUUAUGAACUUCAUUUCCAACGUCCCUGAACCACAAAGACCAGCUUUGUUUCAGUCUUUACUAUUUGAAGCGUGUGGAAGAACCGUUAAUCCUGUAAACGGUGCCGUGGGACUUCUCUGGACUGGAAACUGGCACGUGUGUCAGGCGGCGGUUGAGACUGUUCUUCGCGGCGGCACGCUUAGGCCUUUACCGGAGAUGAUAGGUAUGAACGCGCCUCCUAUCGCGUCUGAUGAAGCAUCGGAGGCCGAAGACGCUGGGACAGACGCCAUUUGGAGAACGCGAGAUCCGAAUCCAAAUUUUCGGUUACCGACCUCGAGAUCUAACAAUAAGGUUUCUUCUGGUGUGAAACGCAGGCGAUCGGAGGAUUUUGUGAAGAUUCCGGCGGCGAUUAACCUUGAGCUACGAUUAACGCCGAAAGGAGUGGACAACCGCCAGCCUGGAUCGCCGUCGUUGACGUCGGAGGAAUCCGUGACUACGACGGCGUGCUUGGAGACUGGGAUCGGUGAACAGUGGACUCACGGUGGUGAUAGGAAAGUUCUCAACCUUUUCAUAUGA